GAAAACAAAAUGCUGAGCUAAUAUUACACUUGCGUUCUGCGUUUCAGGCUAGACAUAUUUGAUUAUUUCUAUAGACUUUUAAUAGGCUAGUUAUAAACAAAGAAAAUGCGAAGUUCAAACUUGCACCCCGAUCUCUCUCACACUCUCUUCACUGUCCUUGAGCUUAUUUGUCCCGGGAUUAAUGUACAGACAGCAUCGCUUAUCAGGAGUUACCCUCCCAAACCUACACGUGUAUUUAGGAUAGUGGCAACAAAUCGAAUCAAGAAAGAUAGGUACAACAUUUUAUUAAUAAUAAUUAAUACAGACUUCAUCUGAAGAUGCAAUAUGUAAUGCAAAUUGUUGUUUGUUAUUUAUUUUUCUAUUCAGUAGCCUAUCAUAUUAUUGUGCAUGGUAUAAUAUAGGUGCAGAAAGUUUAAAAGUGUAUAUUUUUUAUUUAACAUAAUAAAGAUAUUGUAAAUACGGCAUUUGGUUCUAUGGUUGCUGGCGUGUUAAAAUGCAACGUUUGUUACAGGAACGAAUGUAGGUCUUUUUCAUAGAAUAAAUAAGAGUGGCAUUUUCUUGGAUUUUGUGUGCGUCUUGUUCAUUUCAUUACAAAGUUACAUAAAGAAAAUGAACACAUCCCUAUUUUUCUUCAAGUUAAUUCAUUAUAGACAAUAUUAGACAAUAGGUAAAAACGAGAAACCGUCUCUCCUGGCGCUCUGAGCUCACCUGCAUAGCUGCAAUUUUCAUUUUCAUCUACUUAUUAUUAUGAGAACUUUUUGUACACAUUACUGCCCGCCCCUCUCAGAAUGUGAUUGGCUCUUUCGGCACGUAGCCCAGACGAAGCCUAUAACAAUACAAAAUCGUAUUUCAGAUUGGAUCUUCAGCCCGUCAAUCGGAAUAUUCUCCACCAAUAGGACUCCUGAAAGGUGUAAAUAGGAAGCAAUGUUUUGGACCCGCACAUGGUGCAUUAAAAUAAGCCAGGAGGAGAGGCAGAUCUUUCAUUUAUUCUAACAUCAGUUACAGUUCACUUGUUGUCCGAAUCCGAUAUUACGAGGCGCUGGAUUCGCGGUAGGAUAGGUCAAGUGAUUAUACAAGAUCGGGAAAAAACGGCAGUCUUAAUGUUGAACGAAGCAGACGCAGAGGAGGAUUAUAUACAUUUUAACCAGGAUCCGCCUGUGGGAAACCAUAGUGGUGUUCAGUAUAAGGUGAUGGACUACACGUAUGAUGAAGAUCUGGAAGAAAUGUGCCCAGUUUGCGGUGAUAAAGUUUCAGGAUACCAUUAUGGCCUGCUGACUUGUGAAAGUUGUAAGGGUUUUUUCAAGAGAACAGUACAGAAUAAUAAACGGUACACUUGUACAGAAAACCAGGACUGUAAAAUUGAUAAAACACAAAGAAAAAGAUGCCCCUUCUGCCGGUUCCAGAAGUGUCUGACAGUUGGAAUGAGAUUAGAAGCUGUCCGCGCUGAUCGAAUGCGAGGGGGAAGAAACAAAUUCGGACCCAUGUACAAGCGGGACAGAGCUCUCAAGCAGCAGAAGAAAGCCUUGAUACGAGCCAACGGCUUUAAGAUAGAGACCACCCCUCCGAUGGUCUCCCCAGUCCAGACGGACUACCCCCUGCCAGGCAACAUCCAUGGGAUUCACACUGUUUCCAAAAGCAUGCCUCCCACCACUCCAGCCUCAAUGACCCCCACAGACUAUGAGCGCAGCCCCUAUGGACCACCGUCAUUUGGCAUGGUAAUGCAGAACCACAGUGUGCUUCCUGGCUACCAGUACGCCUCAUUUCCCAGCCGAGCCAUAAAGUCUGAAUACCCUGAACACUACACAAGCUCUCCAGAAUCCCUGGCAGGCUACCACUAUCCUGAUGCCUACCAGACCAGCUCCCCGCCCAGUAUCCCCACCCUCAUCUUGGAGUUUCUCCGCUGCGACCCAGAUGAGCUUCAGGUGCAGAAUAAGAUCCUAGCUUACCUGCAACAGGAGCAGGCCAGCAGAAACAAGCAUGAGAAACUGAACACCUUUGGCCUCAUGUGCAGGAUGGCAGACCAGACUCUGUUUUCUAUUGUUGAGUGGGCUAGAAGUUGUAUAUUCUUCAAAGAACUAAAGGUAGGAGAUCAAAUGAAGCUGCUGCAUAACUGCUGGAGUGAGCUGCUAGUGCUGGACCACAUCUUCAGACAAGUGCAGCACGGCAAGGAAAGCAGUAUUCUCCUUGUGACAGGCCAAGAGAUUGAGCUGGCUGCAGUGGCAGCCCAGGCUGGAGUGACUCUCAGUAACCUUGUACUGAGAGCACAGGAGUUAGUCGCUAAGUUACAGACCCUCCAGGCUGACAGAAGGGAGAUUGCCUGCUUCAAAUUUCUCAUCCUUUUCAAUCCUGACGUGAAGCUUUUGGAAAACCACCACUUGGUAGAAAGUGUCCAGGAGCAAGUCAACUCCGCCCUCCUGGAAUACACCAUGUACAACUACCCACAGUUCAUGGACAAGUUUGGGCAGCUGUUGCUACGGUUCCCAGAGAUCCGCUCCCUCAGCACUCAGGCUGAAGAGUACCUGUACUACAAGCACCUGAGUGGGGAGGUGCCCUGCAACAAUCUGCUCAUAGAGAUGCUCCACGCCAAACGGGCCUGAGGCCCGGGAGCAGAGUGGGUCAGUCGAGCCAGGAGAACUGUCGCUAAUAAAGAAAGGAAACGUGGUGGAGGAAGGGCCUGCAAGACACGCUGCAACCCCUGUCGAAUGCCAUUUCCAGGCUUCAUAGGUGAAAUUGAAUCAUUAAUUAGCUCCAGAUUUUAUUUAAGAUUGUUUGCUAUAGUUUAUUUAAUAAAGUGUCUCAAAUGUUUAUUCAUAUAUAUUACUGUAAAAAUGGUUCUUCAUGUUUUUUUUUUUUUUAAUCUAUAUUUUAUUAUAUGUCUAAUUCCCACCUAUGGGAAUGUGCCAAAAGUAGUUAUUUUAUGCCUUCAUUCUUUUGAACCUGAAAGUUCCACAAGUUAUACACAUGGUAAAAACCAUGUCAAUUGAAGCUACUGGUGAUGAACUAAUUGCCAGUAUGUUUAGAGCAAAGACAUGGGGCUCGUUUCUAUAUUGCGAGAUCGUAAAUUCAAAUCCGAUAGGUGUACCCCCAUGUCUGAAAAUACAUGAAUCACGCAACACAAGGAAUGCAUUUUGAAUGGUCUUGGAAAUCACAUUUUCAUAAUCAUUAGUCAUAUGCAAGACAGAAAAUAUAGGUUUAAGUGACCUAACACCCCAUUUUCUAUCUAAUUUAUGCUGUAUAUGUAAUUGUAUAUAUUCCCAUGUAAUGUACACGUUUGGAACUGCACCAUAAACACUGCAUUGUGUUAUUAAUA